GCUAGCAGCUUUGUUACUCUGAAUGAGAUAGGUAACAAGAGUAUGUACUGGUUGUUGCUUGGGAUUCAUUAAGGUGGUCGUUGAACAAUCCUAGGACCCAGUUUUGGUAUUUAGAUACGCUUAGUGCGUCAAUGGAAUUUAGGACUUGAUUUUUAACGGAACAGCAAAAAAGGGGUGUCAAUGCCAUCUUGUAGAAUCCAUUAUUUUCCAAUUCUUCAUCCAAACCCUCCCCUAAAUUUUUUUAUGAACAACAUUAUUCCGUUGUUUUCUCCUUCAAACAUAAACUUCUCAUCCAUCCUACUUUUCUUUCUUCCAGGCCAGAAUCUUUUGAUAAAAAAAGUCAUAUUGGAGACCAGAUGGAUCCCCAAGCUGGAGGAACCUUCCCCAUCAAGAAAUCACAAGAUGCCGCAGUAGGUGCCCUUGUCCAUAUGCUGAAGAAAGCUCCACCUUUACGCCAGGAACUCUCCACUAGCACGGCCGAUUCGACUCAUGUGUCCAGCAUUCGAGCAGAACACCCUCUUGAUUCCUCGCAUUCUGUUCUGGUUGCAUCGAAGACGACGGCUGAUGCAUUGGAAGAGCUGCAGGGUUUCAAACGGAUGAAGGACUGCCUGCUUAGUCAAGGAGGCGGGACUUGCAAUGUGGCAGCAGGUAUAUGGAAGUAGGGUCCUUUUCGUGGCGGCGUUUUCUGAACAAGUUUUCUGUGUCAGGAAGUUUGGGGCUCUGUACAGAACUACAAACUUUAUAUGUGAUUUCUUCAAGGAUUGGGAAUCUUGAUUUUGGCUUGAGGUAUUUGGCCUAAAAUGACUGUAUAUGUAAGCGCCCAUAUUCACCUUGUGUAUAAAGAGGCGUUUUAAGAUGAGUUCACAGGUGGUUUCGCUGGAAAGCCAUAGCUUUCUGCUGUAACAAAGCCUAUACAUAUCAUAACGAAGAAUAUGAACACAUAUUCGACGAGCUGCAAAUUUAUCCUAGACCGCGCCACCUUCCUUCUUCGACCAUUGAAGUGGUAAUCCAAUCAAAUAUUUUACUAGCUAGCACUACUGUACGUAAAAGGUUAAAUUAUAACUUGACGGUUAAAUUAUAACUUGACGAUUAAUUUUACGUUGCAAUCCACACGUAUUAUUGGACCGCCUACCAAAUUACAUUUCUGACUACGUCGGUGAUAUUACAUAGUUAGUCGUGCACUCCUCGAAAUACAGCGAAUCGAUUGGGGGAAACAACAUCCUCCCAUCUGCACAAAUCGAUGUCGUGUAGUCUCUCGAAAUCGGAUUGCAAAUAAAAAACACAAAUAUUCAGGAUCCAAUGAUCCUCUCAAAAAAAAAAAUGUUUGUUUUUGUCUUAUUAUUAAUUUCUUUGUUUUUUUUUUUGAAAGUGGAUUCAUUAAGUAUGCAAAUGGGACAAGCCCAAAGGAAAAAGUCACAGUACAAACAAGAGACAACUCAUAGAAAGAAACCAAGCACAAAUCGCUAAGCCCAAACAACAACAUGGAAACCCAAUCGGGCCCAGCCACAGGCUCGACCCAAACCCAGCUCCUAACCCUAGUUGUCGAUUGAAUGCCCCUCUGGCUCCUCACCGCCGCUGGUAGCAACAAAGCCUCCAUCCACAAACAGACCGGGGUCAUAGAACAAACUUGCAACGAGGAGGAAAGCCUGGCGUCCACCAACCCAGUUGGAGGCAGUAGAAGCAGGGACGUCUCUACCGACACUUCACUGGUCCUAACUCCGAUAGCUCUCCAUCGUCGGGCACCAAUGGGAUGAACUAACGAACGAAAGGGCGGAUGGUGUCGAAGCAGAGAGGGUGACCUUCAGUCUUCAAGAUCUUCACGCCGAGUCCAAGCACGAUGGCUACAUCUUCGAAUCAUCAAGAUCUGCAGGAUGAAACAUAGAGGUAGACGAAGGGAGAGAGGAAGAGAAGACAAGCCAGAAACAAAUCUAGCUUCCUUUGCAUCUUAGAAGAGGAACAUCUCCAGAUCUGAAAGAUGAGACUAGAGGGCAAAAUCUCAACCCAACAAAGGGGGAGGAAGGAUAACCACAAAGGGUAGAAAAAGCAUUAAUGAAUGGAAGGAAAAAGCAAAAUCAAAGAAGGAAAAGAGCAGGAAAAAAACAAAUACAAGAGAUGAAAAGAUAGGAGGCAAAGGAUAAGAAAUGGGGAAAUCAGAGGGGCAGAGGGCCACCGCCGGUCGCCGGAGGAGCGACGGCGGCAGCCCCCAUGGCUGCCUGGAAAUUCAAACUUCUAGAGAGAAGGCAGAGAAAAAACUUUUGAGAGAAAGUAAAACUUUAUGGACACGUAAUCUUUUUGGACUUAUUAAUUUAUUUGUUUUUUUUUUUGUGAAAAACGGGGUGCUAAAAGGGUACCCCGGUCUGGCACUAGAUUAAUCGAGAUUGGGCAAUGCCCAUAGAAUCAUACAGAAUCCAGUAGCUCAAACCUGGAUCCAGAGAGUUGAGCUCAUGAAAAAAUUGCUGCUUUGGAAGCCAACCAGACAUGGGGCAUUGUACCACUUCCUCCAAAUGGCAUGUGAUGGGUAACAAAUAUGUGUUUAAGAU